GAGUCGUCUCCUUCAAGAGGAAAAAAAAAUCAGUUCCUUCAACAAAUAGUCUCAACAGUCUGAAGCCAUGUUUUCUCGUUCUAACUCCACUGGAAUGCUUUUUCCCUUAAUCUUUAACAAGCUUAAUGUUACCCCAAAUGAGCCAUUUGCUCCAUCAUUUCAGGCUCUCUUCUCCACCAACAUUGUUGGAGAAAAACCCAUUCUUGUCAGGGAUUUUGUACAUUCUGCUUUAUAUGAUCCCAAGCAUGGAUACUUCUCUCAGAGGUCAGGUGCGGUUGGUGUGCUUGAGAGGAGCAUAAAGUUCAACCAACUUGAAGGAAGAAAAGCAUAUAUGAAACACUUGGAUAAGAUCUAUAAGCAGAGUGGCAUUGCAUGUGAGCUUUUUAAGCCAUGGUAUGCACAGGGAAUUGCUGAAGCCAUAUUGCAUACAGCUAACCUUUCAGUUCCGCUAAAAAUUUAUGAAAUUGGUGGCGGAUCUGGAACAUGUGCAAAGGGCAUAAUGGAUUACAUAAUGUUGAAUGCACCUCCAAGAAUUUACAACAGUAUGACAUACACCUCAGUGGAAAUUAGUCCUGCAUUGGCUGAGAUACAAAAACAAACUGUCGGAGAAGUUCGUAGUCACCUAUCAAAAUUUAAAGUAGAACACCGAGAUGCUAUGGACAGGACUGGAUGGGGAGAUGGGGAACAACAGCCAUGUUGGUUAAUAAUGCUUGAGGUGCUUGAUAAUCUUCCACAUGAUCUUAUCUACUCUGAAAAUCAAGCUUCCCCAUGGAUGGAAGUAUGGGUUGAAAAACAGCUUGACAGGGAAGGACUAUCAGAAUUAUAUAAGCCUUUACAAGACUCAUUAAUUAAACGUUGUGUUGAAAUUCUGGAACUAGAUAAAAGCAACACCAGGCAAAAAAGCAUUGUUUCAAAAGCUUGGUCUAAAUUGUUCCCAAAGCCACAGAGAUGUUGGCUUCCAACCGGUUGCAUGAAGCUGCUUGAGGUUUUACAUGCAGCGUUACCAAAAAUGUCUUUGAUUGCUUCAGACUUCAGUUUCCUACCUGAUGUGAAGAUACCUGGUGAAAGAGCUCCACUAGUCUCAACCAAGAAAGAUGGCCGUAGCUCAGAUUACAGCAAUUAUCUGGAUGCCAAGGGUGAUGCUGACAUCUUCUUUCCCACCGACUUUUGGCUUUUGGAACAAAUUGAUCAUUACUGUUCUGGAUGGCUGAAACUGCCAAGGGAUAAAUCAUCCCCGCAGGGGAAAAAGAGGCGAACUAUCACACUGGAUACAUCUUCAUUUAUGGAAGAGUUUGGUUUGCCUUCCAAGACAAGAACGAAGGACGGAUACAACCCUCUUCUGGAUGAUUACAAGAACACAAAAUUCUAUCUGAGUGUUCCCACACAUAAUACCAAGUAAUCUGUCUUACAGAGAAAUGCUAAAAUGCCGGACUUGGGAAGUAACAAGCCAAGGUUUUUGUUGGUGGAAUCUGAGGAGUUUGCUGAACUCACUCCGUGUUGCCAUUUUCAUAGUUUAUGUAUUGUCAUGCCAUUAAAGUACAAAUUAUUGAAAACAGAGCAGUCAGGCGAGUGGAGUUGGCUUGACAUGCAUUUACGAGUUCGAAGUAGAGGAUUUUAGGGGUUGAAAAAAAGCAUAAACAAAGUGAUGUUAAUGGUUAAGGAAUUAUUAUUAUC